UUGCAAACACAGUGAAAGCUUCCAUCUGAUUGUCAUUCCAUCGAUAGGCGUUACAGAACUUUGAACUUAUUCAACAUAAUAACGUCGGGAUUAUUGCAUUGCAACUACUUUCAUUAUCUUUCUAAGUGGGCAUAAGAGCGAACCAAAAAGGACCCUGCAGUGAAGAAAAAUAUCUACCUUUCAAAAUUUUCUUCCUGGGAUCUAUAUUUCAGAACAAUACAAUUUCCAACGUCGGAUUCAGGAAUCGAAAGCAAUAAUGAAAGUAACGCUCACAAGAAACGUCUCCCUCUUCAGCCCUUAGAGUCAUAGAGUCAGAGGCAUAGUCAACUGUGUGAUUAGGUGGAGGAUCCGAAAAUCGUGUCUGCCCAUAUCAAUGACGAACGCAUUUUUCUUUAAGUGAAAAAGUUGGAAAUAUGACUCAACUUAUUUUUGAAUCAGCAAAUACCUUUCGUGAGAUGGAUAACAUGUGCAUUCAUGUGUAGGAACUGAUCAGGGCAGAUCAAGUACUGGGGGAGAAUAAAAGCUCAAUAUUGAAACUGCUUAAAGGGAUCGCACUCAAUCACUUUUCAAAUCGAUAGAUCUACAAAUAGCUGGCCAAUCAGCAUCUAAUGAAUGGAUGAAAUGUCGAUUAUAAGCCAAAAACGAAUUGCUGCUACCGCACGUUUGCCUGGUAAAAACUCCACAGAAGUCGUCAGUAAACAUGACCACUCAUAUCUGGAAGAUGAAGGAACCAGCAAGAGUAUAAGAAGUAGGUUAGAGUGCCAACACAGGGAGAACCUUCGAAAACAGAACAUGAUGAGCUGCAAACACUCACAGAAUCAAUGUUUAGAUACUAAGUCCCCACAUUGGGUAUCAGACAUUGUCCGCAGCCUUAUGCAGGGCAACUUGCUACAUGGUUGUUCAGUCUUGGUUACAAGUCGGCCUUGGAAAAUGGGGAAUUUAACAAAGACACAAAUAAAUCUAAGAGGCGAGAUUUUAGGGUUCAACUCGGAGAAUAUAAAACGAUAUUUUCGACGGUGCUUUGGAGAUGAGCAGUUAGCCACAGGUGUAAUGGAGUCCAUUCGGCAAAAUGAGACAUUGUACACGAUGUGCUACAAUCCCUUGUACUGUUCUGUUCUCUCUUCAUUAUUGGAGACACGCCUGAGAGAACCAGAGAAACAAGGGCCACUGUUGAUCCCAACUAGCACAGAGAUGUUUUCCGCCUACAUCACUGAACUUUUAGCAAGAUGUGGUUAUGUUGUGAGAAAAUCUUUGCAUAAACUGAAAAAAAUUGGCGAGUUGGCCUGGAAAGGAGUAAGCAACAAAAUUGUUGUGUUUGUUUCUGACCAAAUCAAUCAGCGUGAGCUUGAGGAUUCCAAUUUCAUCUCUUCCUUUAUGAUGGAGAUUGAAGAUUCCAGCAACGUUGCUUACUCAUUCAGUCACUGUGUUCUGCAAGAUUUCAUUGCUGCAGUCGCCAAAUGUCUGACCACAUCCACAAAAGGUCUGGUCCGACAGCUUGAUGAAGGCUUCACAUGCAGUGACAACAGAUUCGAGAUAUUUUCACGUUUCUUCACUGGCCUGCUUUCACAGAAUUUGAACAAUCAGCUCGAGAACCUGUUGGGCGAUUUCCCCUCUGAAGCAACUCGUCUAGUGUCUGUUUGGCUCAAGGACAAUAUUAGGAGGCACAUUCAGAAAGCGGGAGAUAUGCAAAGCCAGAGGGUCUUCUUACAGCUCUUGCAUUGCUUUAUUGAAUUUCAAGACAAACCAUUGAUUAGUGACACCUUCCUACUGCUACAGUCAAUAACUUUGACCCAGUGUCUGCUGAAACCGUCUGACUGUGCAGCACUUGCCUUUUCAUUUCUAUACAUGGAACAGGUAGAAGAGUUGAAUCUCUAUGCUUGUGGAAUACAAGAUGACUGUGUUCGUCAGCUCGAGCCUGCGUUGCCUAAAUGUAAAAUUCUCAGACUGAACAGGAAUGACUUUGGAGAUUCUGGAAUAAAUUGCUUGGCUACAGCUCUGAAGAAACAUGACUGUAAAAUACAGACUCUGGAAUUAAAAUCAAACAGACUCACAGAUGAUUCUGUGGAAGGUCUCGUCUCCGCACUCGUUGAAAAUAGUUCAUUGUUGGAGCUGGACUUGAGUAAUGAUAAGCAUGAUGAUGAACUGACAAACAAACUGACUGAAAAAUGUAUUUCCUCUUUGUACCGUCUCAUCAAAUGCAAAAGUAAUCUCAAAGAAAUCAGAUUAAUCCACAAUCGCAGAAUUACAGAAGAACAUCAAAUUUUGAAUUCGACCCACCUGUUUAACCUGGUGACGGUGACGGAUCAAGAUCAAAAUGCACGCAUGGAAAUUCUGCACAGUCAUGAUACUGACAGCAAAGACACGACGCACGUGAUCAGUGAGGAAGAAAAUCCAGGUCCGCAGGAAAAUAAACACCACGGAAAUGGUAGAAACGACUGUGCAGCUGAGGGCGAUAAUGUUGCAGCUGCACACAAUGAGUCAAUGAUAGCUGGCCCUGAGCUAUCCAAACAUGGAGAAAGACAACAGGGCAGUCCAUCUGAAAAUGAUGAGAGACCUUUGGGCAGUAUGCAGCCAAAACAGUUUCAACAGGAUACACUCAAUCAGGGAGAAUUGGAGGGCCAAAAUCAAAAUGCAACCAUGGAAAGUCUGCACAGCCAUGAUACUGACAGCAUAGACACGACGCACCUGAUCAUUGAGGGUGAAAAUCCAGGUCUGCAGGAAAAUAAACACCAUGGAAAUGGUAGAAACGACUGUACAGCUGUGGACGGUAAUGUUGCAGCUGCAUCCAUUGAGUCAACGAUGGCUGGCUCUGAGCUGUCUAAAGACACAGUCAGACAUCAGGGCAGUCCAUCUGAAAAUGAUGAGGAAUCUGUGGACAGUAUGCAUCCAAAACAGUUUCAAAAGAAUGCACUUAUUCAGGGAGAAUUAGAGCACCAAGAGGAAAAUACACAUAUGGAAACUAUAGUCAUUGGUGAUAGUUCUAAUGAGGAUGUCAGCCCGACAAAUAACUUGAUCGAAAAGUGGAAUCCAGGACUGGAAGAAAAAAAGGAACAUCAUUCUGAUACAAACACAGAUGGUUUUGAUGGGGAUAACAAAGGAAAUAUAGGAACUUUGGCUACUGCGGCUGACAUUCAGCAAUCCAAAGACUCAGCGUUACAGCAGGACAGUAUAUUUAAAAUUAAAGAAAAUAUGGACGAGAACAAAGAGGGAAAUGCUAUGACUGCUACAUUAUGCUGUAAGGACAAUUGCAAUGACAUUAAACUCACGGCUGAAACGAAUGCAGAAUCAUCUCGACAACUUCAUCCAAGUGGAGAGCAUGAAAACAGCAAAAAUGUUUCUGAUAUUCCUGUUCUGCAUGGAGAUUACAUGGACCCGCACAAGCGUGAGGAAUUCAGCAACAUGACAACAGACUCAGCAUGUUUCCGUCAUAACAGGGAGACCCAGGAUGGUGGAAACGUUCAAUUACCUCAGAAUCCACUGCAGGAUGAAUUGCAGUAUUGUAGAGUCGGACAUGUUGAAAAUAUGAUCCAAUUUUUCUCAAAUACCACACCUCAGAAUGAACUGGACAGAGUGAAGAGUACCCCUGCAAGUCCCAGUCCAAAGAGAGAUCCCAAAACAACUGGUCUUCAGCAAAAGGAGAACAUUUCAAUCAUCGUUCCCAGUGACAACAUGCCUCCAGAUGGAAUGAACACUUUUUUCGACACGCCUGGAAGAACAAAGAGAAUUGGAACAGAUGAUGGGGCAAAGCUCAAUGAAUUUCUCAGGAAUGUCUCAAAGUAUGAUCUGCAAGCGCUCACAACACAAUUCGAACAGAGACUGAAAGAUGCAGUGGAGGUAUUUGGUCAACAGCUUGUUGUGAAUUUACUUUGUAAACAAUUAAUUUCUGACAAAGAAAGUGAGCAUUCGAGGAAGCUGAUAAAAGAAAAAUGCAACAGUGAGGCUUCAAAAUUCAUUUUCGAUAAAGUAAGAACAAUUGGAUUCGUAGCAGUGAAGACAUUGUGGGAAAUAUGUGUGAACGUAGAUGGCGUGACACCAAAGCUGAAUGAAAUACGGAAGGAUCUACUCAAGACAGACAAGUUCACAGCACGCACAGUUUCUAAAUGUUAAUUCAUACUGCCCAAGCCAAAAUCCUGACGUGAACAGAAUUUUGUCAUUAUUGUUGUCAGUAAUGGAUCAGGACAACAUCAAAUACAGUCUGAAAAUCAUUUGUGAUGAAGGAAUUAGCAACCUGAUGUUCCAACAGUCGGAAAGUACGACACUAGAGGAAACAUGCUUCAGUGUCGAGACAGAAGAUAACUUACAGCUGUGGAUAGGAUGUCACCAAAUGCCAAGUAAGAGAGCAAGGGAUCUCUGAAUAAAUGUCCUUUUGGGUUUGGAGUUUGUAAAUCGCAUUCUGCAUUCUAUAUGAGUCUGUAAUUUCAUUCGCCUGGAGGAGAAAGAAAUCAGGAAAACAGGAAGCGAAAUUAUUCUGUCCGGUAUGGACAAUGUUACCCAACAUCAGGAGUGGCUGAAAUUAACGUCAAUCUAAAUGUAUCCAAUCUUUUUGAGAAAUUUCAGUACUGAGGAUAAAAUUGUCUAGAAUUUGCUGAUGAUCCAGUUUCAUGUUCGAAAUUACUUGUAGUAUUCAGUUUGCUUUUCAUUUGUGUGGACAGCACAAUCAGUAAAUUUAACUUCUGCGUAUGCUACCUUCUCUCUUUGUGUUGAUUGACGUACUUCACUAACACCACCAUCCCAAAAGCUACACCAGCACAGAAUCUCCAAACAGU